AUGAAUGUUCAGAGACCUAAAUCAGCCUUUUCCAUCCGUGGACCGUCUAUGACAUUGUGUGAUGUUAUAAGAUGUGGUUAUUAUAAACACGUUGGUUUUCUUGUAGAAAUGGGAAUCGUUAUUGAUGAAAGUGAUCAAGAAGGUAAAACACCUCUGAUAUUAUGUGCCUUUGUGGAACCAGAGUCGUGGGGUGUGGGACUAGCGAGGAUUCUAAUAGAACACGGAGCACAAGUGUCAAAGAAGGAUAGAUUUGGUUUGAACACUUUCCAUUACGCGUGUAUCUACGGACGCUUUCAAUUAGCUAAGGCCCUACUGAAUGCCAUGGAUUUCGAUAUUAACGAUGUCGACAGGUAUGGAAACACAGCACUUCAUUACACAGUUAGAAGUGGAAAUUCUAUGAUUACCAAACUGAUUGUGGACGCAUUAAAGCGUUACAAUUUGCCAUUGGAUACCCGGAACAGACAUGGACAAACAGCCCUAGAGCUGGCAUAUAAACUUAAUCGCUAUAGCUGUGUCAAACUGUUAGAGGAUGACGAUACGUUUGAGAUACCCUGUGAAGACACAAACCUAGUUCUUGGUUUUGAAAAUAAGCGUCAAGGUUCCAGAAGGUGUUACAGAGAAUGCUGUCGAAGUGCUCCUAGUGGUACGUUUGGCAGGAACAGUUACAACACCAUCAGAUCUACCAAAAAUCUUAAAGCAAACCAGAAAGAUCCAGAAAGACUCAUACACAGUGCUAGUGCCAAAGAUUUCCGGAAUACACCGGAAAAUAUCUUUAAAUUAACAUCAAUUCCAGUUGAUGAAUGUAACAGCCGUGGUCAAUCUAGGGAAUCGGCACCAUUUAUUCGUCCAGAUACAGCUUUCGCAAGAAGCCCACAAUCGAACAGCAAUAAUUCGUCAGACAAAUCGUGGCGGAAUGAGUUGAGGAAUCUGUAUCUGAUGUAUGAAUAUCAAUGCUGUCCAUCAUGGAGACGACCUAUUAAACCUGUUGUGUACCAUGUAAAAAUUGAAGAACCACCAGCCGACUUGGAUGAGGUAGACAAAGUCAAGGACAAAAGAAACAGACGAAGUAGCUGUACCUCCAGACUAAGUCUCAAUUUAGAUCUGCGUCGACGGUCUUCCAGCUCACCGAGAACUCCCCGAAAGGGUUCAACGACAAAUGUUGAUAAGCGAUCUCCAUUUGGCGAUAAUUUGUCGAGCAGCAGUGAAUCGAGCGCUAGAAGUAAAAGAGACGGUCUCAGUAAAAAUGAAAUAAGUCCGAGAAGUCCAAGAGGCAGUCCAAAACAUUUGGACGUUGAUAGUGUAUUUAAUUAA